GUUACAGCUCUGGGCUCAGUCACUGCACUGAGUGUCAUUUCCUAGUGCCCAGGUCUUCGCCAGGCCAAGAGAGAGUAUUUUACAUGCCAGUACAUGUAUUUUCAAUUCUUGAGACAAAAAAAAAGUUUCUCAGCAAAUCCCAUAGCAGACUGGCCAGAUCUCUGAGGAGUCCAUCCUGCUGAAAGCACUGCAGAACUUCUACCUGAUUUCCAGCAGCCAUGAGUGAGAAUAUUGAUAAUCACCAAGUCAAGGAUUGCCUGUUUCAGCUAAAAUGUCACUUUACAUGGAAACUGGUAAUUGAUGACACUGAAAUACCUGAUUUAGAAAUCAGGGCCUCGGAACACAUCGAGAAUCUAGACACAAACAAUAUAGGAAUGUACAACCUCCAGGCCUAUGUGAGCCACCUGAAAGGCGAGAAUGACAAAGCCCUGCAGAGCUUGAAAGAAGCUGAAGACUUGAUCCAGAGAGAGCACACUGAUCAGUUAGACAGGAGAAGCCUGGUGACCUGGGGCAACUAUGCCUGGGUGCAUUACCACAUGGGCAGGUUGGCAGAUGCCAAGAUGUACCUGGACAAAGUGGAGAACACUUGCAAGAAGUUUGCAAGUCCUUUCCGCUAUAGGAUGGAAUGCCCUCAGAUGGACUGUGAGGAAGGAUGGGCCUUGCUGAAGUGUGGAGGACCGAAUUAUAAGCGGGCUCAGGCCUGCUUUGAAAAGGCCCUGAAAGUGGAGGCAGAAAACCCUGAAUUUAAUUCUGGGUAUGCUAUUGUUACCUAUCGCCAAGAUUGUGACAAGAGUAAUGUAAUUUCACUCGAUCCCUUGAGGAAGGCCUUGAAACUAAAUCCAGAACAUGGAUAUAUCAAAGUUUUCCUUGCACUGAAACUUCAAGAUAUAGGAGAGGAAGCUGAAGGAGAAAAGUACAUUAAAGAAGCCCUGAGCAACAAGUCCUUCCAGACCUAUGUCUUUCGCUAUGCAGCCAAGUUUUACAGAAGAAAAGGCUGUACAGAUAAAGCUCUUCAGCUCUUUGAAAAGGCCUUGCAGGCAACACCCACCUCUGCCUACCUGCACCACCAGAUUGGGCUUUGCUACAAGACACAGAUGUUCAAAGUAAAGGGAGGUACAAAUAGGCAGGACAGAGAAAGUAUUGGCAGAUUUGCUCAAUUGGCUAUAGAUGAGUUUCAAAAAACGAUAACUGACAGGCCCACAUUUGAGAUGGCUUACAUUAACCUGGCUGAUGUGUAUGCAAAAAUAGGUCAGUAUGAAAAGGCAGAGGAAAAUUUUCAGAAAGCGUUAUGCAUGGAGAACCUUCCUGAUCACUUACAGCAAGAGACUCAUUUCCGCUAUGGCCGUUUCCAAGAAUUUCACAGGAAAUCUGAUAAUAAGGCAAUCGUCCAUUAUUUAAAAGGUCUCAAAAUAGAAGAAAAGUCCUUUGCCAGGGAUAAACUCCUAAAUGCUUUGGAGAAAUUGGCUAAAAGACGAAUUCAGCACAAUGUUUGUGUUGUGGAAAGCUUCAGCCUCCUUGGGCUGGUCCACAAAUUAAAAGGGGAGGUGAAUGAGGCCCUGCUGUGCUAUGAGAAGGCUCUGAGGCUCACAGAGCACCUGAAUCCUAUGUUUUGAAGGGCAGUUCACCAGUACCAAUGUCACAUGUUCUUUACUAAAUAUAAAAAAUGUUUAAUGUGGUGAACACAUAUUAGUUAAAUACAGAAAACACUCAGCAAAACAGUUAUUGAAUUUGUUAUUCAAUUUGUUAAUGCAUUUUGGAGUAGAUUCCAUGAAGAAGGAAGUGGCUAUCACUGAACAAAAAGAUGCUCAGCUUUGGGGGAAAUACACAGAUACAAGACUUAUUAGUUUAAGCAGAAACCCUGUGUACAUGAAUUUGUAAGAUGAUACCAUGACACUUUCUCUUAAAAUACAGGCAAUGUGUCAUUUUUAUGUUUGGUAUUCAUAUUAUACUGCAGCAAUUUAAAAGGUCAUUGUGGGGGAAGUCUAAUGAAAGGUAUACAGUAACAUUCUUCCUACUUCCUGUGAAUAGCACUGCUUUAAAGUGAACCUAUAAUGUAAGAAAAUGAUAUGAAUAAUAGUCUAUUAGUGUCAAAUAGAUUUUUGUAGGACAAAUUGUGGGUCCAGGUGAGCUGACUCCUCUCAAGAACACCAGUGAGAAGGUGUGAGUGUCAUCAGGCCAGUCACAAGAAAGGAUUUCUGUUGUCUGAGUCCUUUCUCCAUUGAUGUGAAUGGAAGUAGGUUAGGAAUAAUCUCAAUACCCAAUAAUGUUUUCAUGGAGUCUGCAAACACUUGAACUUACAUUUUUUAAAAAAGCAGACUGUAAGUGAGAAUAUUCCUGUGGUUGGUUACAUUAAGGAAAGCACAAGAUGCAUAGUUAGCAGGGUAUUGUAAAUGUUCAGUGGCAAAUUUUACAUCAUGAAGAGAAGUAUCUAUAAAUCUGAUAGGAUGAACUAAAAUUUCUAAGGAAAAUCAAAGACACAGAAGUACGCACAGUAGAUGGAUUGAUAGCUUCAUGUAACCCUUAGCUUUUUAUAAUCCUAUCAUGAAAAAUCCACUACAUUUUCCAACACCGCAGUGCUUUCAUUUAACUGUGACUAGCCUAAAUCAGUACAGCCACCUGGGCAGCACAGGCUCCUGGAGAGGCCUGCUGAGGAAAGCAGGUUGAAUUUGCUUCUGACAUGAUAAAUACUAGAAAACAGGAGAUAAUGUCUUUCAUAUAAAGGAAUGGGGAUGAGAUGGACAGAGGAAGAAGGAGGGGAGGGGAAGGGAAUGAAAAAA